AUGGCCGCCCUCAAUGCAGGGCAUUUCCCACCUCUGCCGCCGCCGCCGCCGCCAUACCUGGGCCAGCAAGGCAAUGCCCCCGGCGCUGAUCCCCCGCAGCCUCUUGCUUUGGGCGCUCCACAUCUGGAAAAACAGCCUUUGCGAAUUGACACUAAUUAUCACUAUUCAGAUAAUCUCAUCUAUAUUAGCAAGUUGCAACUAAGCACUAAUUAG